AUGACCUCCAACUUCGCUUCUCCCGGAGGCCUGGCCUCGCGCCGCGGAAGCCAGAACAUCAAACCGCUGUCCUUUGAUGCCAUUAAGCAGGGCAACAAGAAUGCCGACGGCGGCAUUCCCACUCCUCGCACCAGCCGCUCUCACCUGCUUGCGGGCCUGAGAACGGCUCCCAAGUCGGCUACGGUGGCUUCCUUUGGCCCAAUGUCGCCCACGGCCGCUGACGGCCCUGUGCAGCAGUAUGCUAGGAACAGCAUGGUCGCCAACGCCUAUGGCUAUGGCCAGGGCAAUGUCUACAACGCCCCCAAGACGGCCUUCCCUCAGUACGGUCAGCAGCAGCACCAGCAACAGCAGCAGCAGCAGCAGCAGGCCUACCAGCAGGCAAUGAUGGCACAGCAGUACACUGUUGACCAGGUGCUCGCUCCCCCUCAGCUGUCCAUGGACGAGCAGCUGCAGGAGCAGAUGGAUCCCAACCUCUACGCCCAGCUCGUCGCCACCAACCUCUAUCUCGCCCAGCAGCAGCAGAGGCUCCAGCAGCAGCUCCGUAGUGUCCAAGCCGCCGCCCAUCAGUUCCAGCAGCUCAACAUCAACAGCAACCAGCUUGCCCAGCAGCAGGCUGCGGCGCUUUAUGAGCAGCAGCAACACCUGGCCGCCCAGGCUGCCGCUGCCCAGGGCCAGCAGGUCUACUACGAUCCCUCCACUGGCCAGUACUACGUCGACACCUCCUCAGCUGCCCGCGCCGCCAACCUCGAGCAGCCCAUGACUCCCGGCUUCAACAACUUCCAGCAGCAGUUGCAGCAGCAGCAGCUGCGCCAGCAGCAACAGCAACAGCAGGGAGCCCCGCGUGUUCAGGUUUCGCCGCCUCCCGAGGGCCAGCAAGCCUCGUUCCGCGGCUCCUCGCCCCCGCGCCGCUUCGAUUCGCCCCAAGAGGUCGCUCCUCUCCCUCCGCCGUCUGCCAACGCCUUCCGACGCGGACACAAGAAGUCCUCUUCCCUGGCCGUUAACAGCGCGCUGGCUGCCGCCUCUGUUGUGAACGAGGCCGGCAAGACCCCCGCUCCCAAGACCGCCGUCUUCCCCCAAACCCCUGGCAUCGGUGGGUAUGGCCCCGGCCAGGCACGCGCCGGCGAGCACCCGAUUCGACAGCCUCGCGGCCCGCCAUCCAUGGACGAGCUCAAGGCGAAGCCCACGGCCAGGCACGAGGGCAGCAAGAACUUUGCCGCGCGCACCCGGCGCUCUGCUGUGCACAACCUUGUCCGCGCCGGCCUGGAGCGUCGCAAGGGAUCCGGCAGCUCGAGUGGCAGCAUGAGCCCCGUCUCGGAGACGGCCGAAGAGUCGACCACGCCCAUCACCGACAACGACUCCGACUCUGGCCGCAGCGGCUCGGGCAGCCUGGCCGGCGAGAUUGAGAGCGGCGCUACGCGAGCCUCCACUGCUGGCGGUUGGGGUGCCAUCGGCUCAGACCGACCCGGCUCGCGGCAGAAGACCCGCGGCAGCGUCGACAGCAACAGCAACUCUGGCUGCGAGAGCGACAGCAACUCGUUCGCCGACGUGUUCAAGAAUGGUGCUCUGCGAGCAUCCAAGGCACAGGAGGCUGAUGGUCAGCGCAAGGCAUCCAGGCUGGUUCUGACCACCGUUGAGAAGCGCAAGAUGGCUUCGGCGGCAUAA